GGACUUCCGGUUAGGAAAAUUAUAUAUAAAAAAUGUGCGGCGAAAACAUCGUUCUAUUAUAAGGGUAAUCGAUCUAGCAACCUGGUUACAGAUUAACCGUUGCACUCGUAUGUACAUAACAAAGAAUUUCAGAUGCUAAUGCCGCAUAAGAUACAAAAGACACGCGUGGAUGAGUACUAGCAUACUAAGCAUAGAUACUGAUUUGCGUUGUAUAACUCAUAACUCACCACAGGAGAGUAAACCGACGUGCAUCUACAGACCUCAACCCGUGCUACUCUCAGUAGAGGAUUCGUACUUCGUGCAUUUGCAAGCCGGCUGCCUCUUUUCAUUUUGUCGUAACGCCCGUUUAUGUCUUGUUCUUCAUUUGAAUUCUUUACCAUUAGUGAUUUGUGAGAGGCUAUAUUAGCGAAUCGUCAAGUUCGGUAUACCGCACAGAACACCUCUUAUACAUGCCAUGUCCACUGCAAUGACAAGUGGGAACGGAGGUGGCGACAAUAUGGGUGGUGCUAAUGGGAAUGGCGGGGAUAAUAUGGGGGCUAAUGGAUUUGGUGACGGAGACGAUAAUAUACACAACGAUAAUGAUAGCCAGUCCGGCGACCAAAACGAGGACAACAGUCCGUGGACUCCCGAUAUAGAAGCUGCAUUCUUUGAUGCGUUGGUUCUAUAUCCACCUUGUGGGCGUAAAAAAAUUGUUUUAAACAAGGAAGGAAAAAUGUAUGGGCGCAACGAGCUGAUUGCCCAGUUUAUAUUCGAGCGAACGGGUAAGCAUCGUACACGAAAACAGGUUUCGAGUCACAUUCAAGUCCUGGCUCGUAGAAAACAACGCACAGGCGUCAAAGGGGAAGGCGGGGGUGGUGGGGGCGGCGGUGGGGGUGGUGUUAACUCAGACAAGAUUCGCAGUAAUGAUCAGCAUGGGCCUGGAGUCGGUCGCGGUAACCGUGGUAACAUGGACCAGUACGGCUAUAUGGGUCCCUCAGGCGGCCCACCCAAUGACAGGUACGGCCCUAAUAUGCACAAUGACAGGGCAGGAUAUAUGGGAGGCGGUCGUGGGGACUACUACGAACCACAGGUGGGAUACUCAGACAGACCAGGAAGGGGUGGUUACGGGAGUGUGCAGUAUGCUGGAGACGGCCCGUACGGUCCUGGGGGUCCAGGUAUGGACAGGGGGGGGUAUGUAAAUGGGUCUAUGGGACAGGGUGGGCCUGGUUAUGGUGGACUGCCUGAAAGCAGUGGACGGGAUCUGGCUAGGUUAGGGUCAGCGGGUUCACUAGGCGUCAACCAAGGUGGGCCUAUGGGACCACACCAAGUGCCUUCUGGAGUGCCUCAGUGGCAACAACCGGAUGACGGACCUAGAGGUCCCCCCGGGUUCGCAGUACACGAGCCAAGGCCUCGUUAUAGUACUGCUUCAGCCGAGUCCUUUGGCAUGCAACACCAAAUGGGGACCCCUGCAGCCAUGGGCGUCAGUGGGCAGCCCGUUGUCCGACCCGUGUUUGUCAACGCGUUCGUACAACUCUCACGUGACAGAGGUGCCAGCAUAACGGAUACACACGCCAUUCUACAGUACACGGGUAACGAGUUCUUUGAGGCGGAUAUGGAGACCGUCUACUCGUCGCAGAUUGCCGAUAAGCUGAGUGGGCUCGAGGAGAUAUUCCUGCGGGGUGCGCCUGACUCCUUUUAUGUGGUCAAGGGCUGGUUGGACCUGGACUAUAGCACCGUAGACUCCAAACGGUACAUGAUGGAGAGCAAAUACGAGAGCACUGCGUCGUUACAAGUGGCCCUGUUUACAAGGUUGUAUCUCAACGGCAACACGGUGUUCGAAGGCAUACAACACCCAGAGCCCCCGAUAAACGAGGGGGGUAUGGCGCAGUACAUGUUCUCGCAAGAGUGUCUGUGCGACUACGCUCGAGCAGUGCUGGACGAUUUGCAGACAUACUCUGACAUCGAUAUGAAGAAUCAGGUGCUGGAGAACUUCUCUAUACUCCAAGCGGUGACCGACAAUCGGGGGCAUGUGGUGAUAUGUGUGGUGUACCUGUUUGAAGUGAGCACCAUUUCAGGACAGGGAGGUCAGUUCAACGUGUACAGGCUGGCCAAUGAUCAGGAUAAUUAGAAUAGAGGAUGGGAUACAAGGAACGCGAAAUGUAGUUUUUUGGGUCUGAACGAAUUUGGGGUUUGGGUUAAAUAACGCCCAUUCAUAACCCCUACGAAAGUAUACGGGGCGCCCAUAUGCGCGUAUUGGAUAUAAAAGAUGUUGAUUGCUACAUACGUCUGGAAAUAGAUGAUUUGAGUACAGGCCUGUUGUCUCAGUUUUAUUUUAUUUAUCAUAAAGUAUCCCAAAUAGAAGUGUA